AUGUUUACCUAUGGCCAAGAACCUUCCUCUACUAUUCGAAAGCAGAGUAAACAGUUCGUCAACUCAUCCUAGAAAACUUGAAAUCACGAAAUUGGGGUUUGGAAUUUGAAACGUCCUUCUAUGGCUCGUUGCUUGAAAUUUUACCUUGUCGUUAAAAGGUGUCAAGUGUUCGAAUCAUAAGAAGAUAUAUUUGCUCAAAGUAUACUAUACUGACACCACUGAGUGAACCAAUUAGAAUGAACACAACCCUUUGUGAAUUCUGACACGAAAUUAAAGGCUCACCUAAGCAACCGAAAAACAGGAAAUAAUGGACUUUUCAAGCCCUUAUUUUCGUACCUCAAUAUUCUGGCUAACUCCACAAUGCUUGUCAGUUCACUCUUUGCGGAGUCUCAAAUAUUUAAAUGUAAAAGGUAUGGUCCAGAUCAACAUGGAACUCAUAAGGUACUCACAGAAUCUCCUAAAUGUUUACAAACGUCAUCAGGCAAUAUCUUCAAAUCAGUUGGGAUACUAUUGCAAACUUGUUGAGUAUGAAUUAAUUAGAGAGGUUAUCCUUGAUUUGGCAUAUGAAUACGAACUUAACCUGUUGACCAGCUAUGAAAGUGAUCUUUAUUGUACAGUGGCUAGGAUAUGGACUGAAUGUCAUGUUUCUAAAGGAAUAGAAGAAACAUGUUUUUACAGUAAAGAAGAACAUGAAAAUAAAAUUAUGGAUGAUAUCCUUUCGAUAUUGCAUACACGGAUGGAAAAGAAGCUAAAUGAAAGACUGGGAUUGUUCAGUGACCACAACCAAGAUCAAUCUGAGAGCAAUUAUUCAGUUGGAGUUGAAAAGCUUCAAAUAGGAAAACUGAACUUGCUACAGAACUUAGAAGGUUACAGGCAUCAUUCACAGAAAUCAUAUCAAGGAUAUACAAUACAUCUUCCCGUUUAUUUCGUGAAUAUCGACACGUAGUUUGGCCACGAAUGAGUCGUCAGGCAUUAGCAGUUUUAACUGAACAAGCCAAAGCCUUACUUUUGCGCGUCAAAGUUUUGCAGAAAUCUAUUGAAUAUUCCACUUCACAACCUUCAGAAACUUUAGAUAUCCUGAAGAAAAUUCAUAUUGAACUUACUAAUUCGCGUUGUGUUUUACAAAAAGAGGUGAAAGAAUUAGAAACAUUGCUUGCUACAUAUGACAAUAAAGACGGCGAAUAUCAUAAAUUAGUAAAAAGAUAUGUUGAUUGUCAACAACAAUUAUCUUUACGUUCUACAUUAUUACACGAUAAUGAUACUAUACAACUUAAUCGAAGAUCACAUAAGAACUUUUCAAGUCGUCGAUCAUUGAGUGUUGACGUUAUAACUCGUAAAUAAUUAAUUUAAAAAGUUUUGUAUAGUUUAUUUUGAAAUUUCGGUAAAAUAUAAUGUUUUGUAAUCUUGAUGUUUUCUUACUAUUUUUCUAGUGUUUAACACUUUUUGUUUGCUGCUGUUCAUCUAAGUUAUUUAUGGGCAUUGGAUUCAUGGGAACUAUAGUCUCACAUUUAAAUCUGGUCCACUUUGGGAUAAAUGAUUGAAUAGCAUUGAAAAUCGUCUCACACACAAAUACGUCCUCCAUGUGAGUCGAC